AUGUUUGAUUGUAUCUGCCGUAAUUAUUAUCAGAAGUUAGGAGGUAACGACUCAAUCCAGUAUUAUCUGUCGCUUUUUUCGCAUUUUGGCGUUGAUGAGUGUAGAGGCCUCGUCAAGGCGCAUCUAUAUUUACAAAUUUUCCGUCGAGACCCCGUGCAGACGACACACAGAGAAAAGUGGCCGUUUGUUCUUUGUUUCCGCAACCCGUGAGCAAUGUCUCACAACGUUGUCCACAGCUUCUGUCUUAUUAUUUUGCGAUAUCGCGAAAAUUACCGUCAUACACCAGCCAUGUGACCUCACAAGUCGCUGAAACGCCGUUGUACACCUGUUUAAACGGACGUCACUGCAAACGACAGUAGUUGGGCCAAGGCAAAGUCCAAUAAAAUAAUAUUAUUACAAAAACAAAUGAAAAUACGAGAUAUAACAUAGAAUAUAAAACAGAAAUGAAAACAUUUCCUCUCGGAAAGUUUCGCAAAAUGUCAAAAUUACACACAUUCGCCCUUGCUACAAUGAAUACUGCGUUGUGGGUGUGCCAUAGGCGCAAACACCUUCACCUGUGUCAACCAAAGAAACCUGGCGUGCGCGUAAGGUAUAUAAGACCGCAGAGACGGUGGGUCACACUGCUACAAGUGUCAGCCAUAGUAGAAUGAUCAGUUGGACCCAGGUUAUCGGAGUUCUCUUCGUCAUCGGAGUGGCCUUGGCCGCCCCGGCGCCAGCAGAGGGGGAGGUCACCGUCUACAAGCAAGGUGACAACUCAGCCCUUGCCAACGUCGGAGGCCUUAGUGGCACCCUGGGCCAGCUGGCCAGUCGUCUUGGAAUUGUUGGUAUUGUUUUAGGCGACGAAGCGAGCAACACAACGACCACAGUGACCACUGAAGACCUGACUGAUGCCACGGACUCAGAUGCUGAGCAGGUUAUCAACAUUGUCGUCAACGGAGCCGACGACGACGAUGACUCAACUCCCAAGGAACACGUUAUUGUCAUCAACACCAAGCCAAGUGAAGACGAUUCUGGAAAUGUUGAAGUCACAGUAGAAGUCCAGGGUGAAACCACUACGACUGCCGCGCCAGAAGCUGUCACUGUUACAGUUCAGGUGGAUGCUGGUGAAGAGGAAAAGGCUGACGCCACUGUGGUGGUUGAGACUCCGGCUGAGGAAGAGGAAGAGGAGGAAGAGGAAACACCUGAGGAGGAUGGUGCUGAAGUUACAGUGGUAGUUGAGACACCCGAUGUUGAUGAGGAGGAAGCACCAGAGGAGGAAGACACUGCUGGAGUGACAAUUGAGGUCAAACUUCCUGAGCCUGAAGAGCCCAAGCCUACUGUCACCGUAGAGGUCGAGGUCCCUGAGGAGGAAGAGCCCACGCCCACAGUCACCGUCGAGGUCGAGGUCCCUGAGGAGGAGGAGGAGGAGGAGCCCAAGCCUACAGUCACCGUAGAGGUCGAGGUCCCUGAGGAGGAAGAGGAGGAGCCCAAGCCCACAGUCACUGUAGAGGUUGAGGUCCCUGAGGAGGAAGAGCCUAAGCCCACCGUCACUGUGGAGGUCGAGGUCCCUGAGGAAGAAGAGCCCAAGCCCACCGUCACCGUCGAGGUCGAGGUCCCUGAGGAGGAAGAGCCCACGCCCACUGUCACCGUCGAGGUCGAGGUCCCUGAGGAGGAAGAGCCAGAGGAGGAAGACACUGCUGGAGUGACAAUUGAAGUCAAACUUCCUGAACCUGAAGAGCCCAAGCCUACCGUCACCGUGGAGGUCGAGGUCCCUGAAGAGGAGGAGCCCACGCCCACAGUCACCGUCGAGGUCGAGGUCCCUGAGGAGGAAGAGGAAGAGCCCAAGCCCACCGUCACCGUGGAGGUCGAGGUCCCUGAGGAGGAAGAGGAGGAGCCCAAGCCCACAGUCACCGUAGAGGUCGAGGUCCCUGAAGAGGAAGAGGAGGAGGAGGAGGAGCCCAAGCCCACCGUCACCGUAGAGGUC